GGCUCGAUUGCUCUUGCCUCAGUAGGCUGAUGCGUUUUCUCUUUAAGGAACUGAGUCCAGUUACCCAGUUGUCAACAGGCUGAGCGAGAAAACGAGUCGUUGAUAUAACUUGGUACGUGGAACUGAUAAUACUAACCUUACUGUACGUUACCGUGUUGAGGAAAUCGCCUUGUCUCUUUCGGUUUUGUUCAGACAAAACAAACAUGACGUCCCCCUGACACGAAGCCCCCUGAGCAUCGUGGAAAUGUGAAACUUGACACUCCAGCAGACCGAUGCAAGUCCCAGGCUGGAUUGAAUGGCACUGAGGAUACAAGACUGCAACUCAGUUGGAGUACUGCAAUGACCAGCAAGCAUCAUAGCCAUGCAGAGAGCGCUCACUCCGCAGAAAAAAAGUCACUCACCGUGUCCCCCAAGCUCCAUGUCCAGCGAUCACUGUCGAAGGAGAACAUCACCAUUCACUUCUCAGCUCUUGGGAAGGAGGAAGAGGAGGAGGAAGAGGAGCUGUACAUGACAUCUGUUUCUGCUACCUCAGCCACUCAGGAUAACUCAAACAUUGUGACAGCCCUAGAAGCUAGUGAGGAGAUGUUCGACGCAGUGGCACCUGACUCUGAAGCUGAAGUUUCUGCCAUCCCUGAAUCAUCCAGACCUUCUCUGGUUUCUAAACGUCACACUAACACUUCACCGACACACACUCCAUCAUCAUCGUCAUCAGCAUCAUCGUCAUCAUCGCAUGUUUCUGAGAAAAAAGGCGCAACUUCCAACUCCUCUCCUACGAAAUCUUUAAGCUUCCCCUCCAGUGACAAACCCUUCCUCAAUUUGGUGAAGUCUCUCUCCUCUGAUAUGGAGACACGUGAGGGGAUCCCGCCUGUUGCUACUCCCACAGUGAGACACAGGCACCUGAUGAAGAACUUUGUCAAAUCUUUAUCUUCAGAUACAUCCCAGGACACAUCCACAUCCUCCUCCACACCCUAUCGUCUUCCAGAGUCCCGCCUUAACCUGCAACUCUUCAAGCAAUUCACACAGUCUCGGGCUUCGUCUGGAGCAACGUCAUCAGCAAGUGAUUCUAAAACAGCCCCCUCUUCUCCGUUAACCUCCCAGGAUAACCGCAGCUUCUUCAAGGUCUCGGAGGUUGAGGCCAAAAUCGAAGACACCAAGCGGCGUCUCUCGGAGGCCAUCUCUGAACCGCUCCAGCUGCUGAGUAAGAUCAUGGAUGAAAAGAGUGUCAGCCUGGGGAGCAGCAGCAUCUACCGUCCCAAGGCCCUCUCUGCCAAUGCGACGGAACUCUCCAACAUAUCAUCAGUCAAUGGUCACCUGGAGAGCAACAACAAUUACUGCAUCAAGGAGGAGGAAGGAGGGGACUGGGAGGCUGAGAGCCCAAAUAGCGAUGCUUCUGGUCCAGCAGAUGCGUCUUCCUCCUCCACCUGUGUAGACACUAAGUGCCCCAACAAAUCAUCUGCUCUCUCCAUGUCACUGGACAAAUGCUCCAUGUCGGCUCUCGCUAAACAAGAAGAUGAGGAAUAUUGCAUUCUUUACAAUGGAGACUUUGAGACAUGCAAUGAAACAGACAGUAACAGUUUGAACAGAACUGAUGAAACUGGAAGCCAAACUAAAGUGCCACUCAGUGGUAGUACUGAACCCUGCAGUGAAGAUGAAUCUGAAAGUAUUGAGCCUGCACCCAGUGUUCCACACUAUACCCUCAUCCUCCUUACUGUACUAGUCUAUGGGUGCUUUGUUUUACCUCUGCCUAGUUACAUAGGAGGAGUGCUGCUUGGGAUUGGGCUGGGAUUCUUUUUAGCCAUUGGUGUUGUGUGGUUGACGGGACCAAAACCUUCUGGCAGGAGUUUUAGACAUUCCAGACAAUAUGGGAAAUUAUGGAAUCUGGCCAAGAUGGACAUUAAGGAACCAGAAAUCUAUAAGGGCUGGAUGAAUGAGAUCUUAAACUACGACCCUGAGACAUACCAUGCCACACUGACUCAGUCUGUGUUUGUCCGAUUGGAGGGCUCCAUCAUUCGCCUGUCCAAACCCAAUCACAACAUCGCACGCCGCGCAACUCACAAUGAACCAAAACCUGAUGUCAAUUACAUCAGUCAGAAGAUCUAUGACCUCACUAACAGCAAAGUAUAUUUAAUGCCUCCGAGUCUGGCCAGGAAGCGUUUAUGGAACAAAAAAUACCCCGUCUGCAUCGAACUCGGCAAACAGGAUGACUUCAUGUCUAAGGCUGAGGGUGAAAAGUGGGAGCCCAGUGAGAGCCCCAACACAAAGGAAAGAGGGGAGGUCACGGGAAUUACACAGGAUCGGCGGUCCUCAUCCAGCAGAGACCUGACUCUCUAUCUGUUUGGACGGACGGGGAGGGAGAAGGAGGAGUGGUUCCAGCGGUUUCUUUCAGCCUCUAAGCUCAAGGUGGAUUUGAAGAAAGCUGUGAGCAUGGUCACGUGUAAGAGUGUGCCCACAGCUCUGAGCUCUCACAGUCGCAGCGGCAGCCGCAGCAGUUUGGAUGAACUUGCAACUCAGCCCAGGUCCAAGGACUCUUCAGCCUCCUCAACAACAGCAGGCAGUGCCAAAACUAAGCCACUAUUAGAAUACAGUGUGUACAUGGCCUCCAUACUGCCAAAGCAGGCAGCAGUCAGUCCUGCAGCUGCCAGCCCUGCUCCCUUGAGUCCUCAGAACAGCCCCGGGUCUGACAAGAAGCUUCAGACUACGACUUCAACUCCAGUGCAGCUCAGUGUCGAGGAGGACGAUAAUGUUGCCUGGGUUAACGCAGCACUUGGCCGGGUCUUCUGGGACUUCCUGAGUGAGCCACACUGGGCAGAACUGGUCUCCAAUAAGAUUCAGAUGAAGCUCAGCAAGAUACGGUUGCCGUACUUCAUGAAUGAGCUGACCCUGACAGAACUGGACAUGGGCUCGGCCACUCCCAGAAUCAUGGGGGCAUCCAAACCCUCCAUUGACUACAGAGGUCUCUGGUUUGACUUGGAGCUCUCCUACAGCGGUUCUUUCCUGAUGACCCUGGAAACCAAAAUGAACCUCAUCCGCCUGGGUAAAGAGGGAGAGAGCGUCCGCUUAGGGGAAUUUGGCAAAGAUGGAUACAGACCGAGGACUUACUGCCUAGCAGAUAGUGAUGAAGAGUCGUCCAGCGCUGGCUCAUCAGAUGAAGAAGACCUCUCAGAGCUGUCAAAUGACUCUGCUGGAGCAGAGGGAUUCAUCGGAGGUCACAAAUCCAGCAAAAUAAUGCGCUUCGUGGACAAGAUCACCAAGUCCAAAUACUUCCAGAAGGCAACAGAAACUGAGUUCAUCAAGAAGAAGAUGGAGGAAGUGUCCAACACGCCGCUUCUGCUCACAGUUGAGCUGCAGGAACUCCAGGGAACUCUGGCUGUCAACAUCCCUCCUCCACCCACAGACAGGAUCUGGUAUGGUUUCAGGAGACCCCCUCACCUGGAGCUCAAGGCCCGACCUAAACUGGGAGAACGAGAGGUCACUCUGGCUCAUGUUACAGACUGGAUAGAGAAAAAACUGGAUCAGGAAUUCCAGAAAAUAUUUGUAAUGCCAAACAUGGAUGAUGUAUGGCUGACCAUCAUGCAUUCUGCCAUGGACCCACGCACAGCUGGCGGACCCUUUGUUGGCCCUGCAGUGGACCCAGGGUCCUCCCCACCAGAGAAGGACAGCACCAGCCAGCCAUGAAGAUUGUUUACAGUAUUUCCCAGAGCUUAGAACUGGAGCCAAAGCUAAUGGGUUGGAUGCUACUUUGAAAAAAACACAUUCCUCUAGUGAGUGGGUUUCUUAUCCACAUUAAGAAGACCGUGUGAAUUUGAAAGGACACAGUAGAGAUGAUCGAGGAUACACUAAAGACAAACUGUUGCCUGCUGCUCUGUUCAGUAGUAUUUAUCUUGAAGAGGGAGAGGUGAUUUGUCUGUGAGGGAUUUAUGGAACAGUAAGGACCUAUUGAAUAGGGACUGAUGAAUGAAGAGAGUCUUGUGUCCUAAAUAGAUUGCCUAAGUUAAUAAGGGGAAUAAAUAAGUAUAACAUGUCUUAUGAACACGUAAAUGUGUGAGCAUUCACCAGAUACCUUACAGCCUGUGGAUUAACAUUUUGCUCAGGCUAGAGAGUGAAGUAGAGCAUAGUCACCCCUUAAUGAGAAAUAUAGCAAGUGUAGUGGAUGGUUCUAAGUGAAGGAUUAUUUUGUGGCGGAAGGUAAGAAUUUCCAUUGUAGAAACUGCAUCAAGUGUUACCAGGUUUUAAAAAAUCUGUACUGGAAGAUACUUGAUGUUAGGUUAAGUUUCUGUAAGAAACUUGAACCCUCAAGCGUCAUUGUGUUGAUGGUUUUUGAUCGGGUGUCUACAGUCAACAGUAUUCAUUAGUGCUGUUACAACACACUCAACACUUACCUUUACUCCUCAACACCCCUCUUUUUUUUAUACCAAUGAUGCCCUUAUCCACGUCUGUAUGGAAAUAUUGCGUUAAAAUGAACAUAAACGUUCUAAGAAGUACUAAUGGCAAAUACACAAACACAAAAAGUGCAAUGAUAUAAAUGCUGCAUAGGCUUUAGUGAGAUCCUGUAUGGAUGUAAUAUAAAAAUGUAUGUCUGAUGAGAAAUAUGAUGCCUAAAUCACAACUAUUGAAUGUAUAUUUGACAAAGUUUUUAGCCUCUAUUGUUAUUGUAUGACAUCAGUUUUCACCCAGUCACGUUUUGACUGUAACAUGAAAGUUAUUGCACAAGUACAAGUUUUACACUUCGUUCAUGAUAAACACUAUCUCAUCUCGCAUAUCCUUCAUGUCCAGAUAUGAAGUGCAGUGGUUCUGUUCUGGGAGUAGCAGACAGUGUAAUUAUCUAUACAUCAUUAUACCUAAUGGUGUUAAUGCUUUGACAGAGCAGAUAUUGUUAGACCAACCCUAAUAUGUGACAGUGCUUUAAAAAGACUCUAUACUGUUUUCAAAACUAUUCUAUGAGGUUAAGGUACAUACUGUAUAGUAGAGCCAAGAAUGUAUAGUUUAUCUACAUGUUCCUUCUCUGGAAAUACCUUUUGACCUGUGUCAUGUUCCUUAUCUGAACCACAGCCCUUAAUUAGGCCUUUAGGUUCAGAUCUUUCUCUCUGCUCAAUGGUACGCACCCAGAAAUGACAUUACCAUGUAAGGUAAAUUUAACAAUGUGCUACAAUACCUUCAUUAACAUUGUUUACAGGAAUUCUCACCUUAAUUUAAUUUGUUGCUCUACUAGGAUACUAAAGCAUUGUACCACUCAAUAGAUGUGUUUCUGUAUGAUUGUCUCUCCCCUUAUGCCUUGGUUGCCAUUUGUUUAUAAAUGACUACAUGAGAUGGGUUAUGGUAGUAUUUUUGUCUACUGCUUUGGAAUAAACAGAAUGAAAUACAUUUUUCAAGGAUAUAUGAAGACAUGCCAUGAUUUAUAUCUGUGAAACAAUGUCUUUUUAUCAUAUGUUAAGGCCAAAUUCAGUGAUUCUGUGUUCAUGCCUUAUUUAUAGAGCAAAAUAAAUCUGUCAGUGCAAGCUU